CAGACUUGCGACGUCAUCCGAGGGCCAAGACGGACGAUGACGCUGGAGGCGACGACACCCGCGGCCCCCCUCCACGAGUACCGAGCUUGGCUGCUCCAGGCGCGCAGUGACUUGGACGUAGCUCUGAAGGUUGCCCCGCCGGCGUCGUCUUCGAAUGGACAACUGGUCGACACUGCCUUGGUGACAGCUGCAACACAAGCGAUCGACCAGUGCACAUUGACACUCGCGAAGGCUCUGCAGUUCCUGCACAACUUUCUCGACAGCGCAGCGUCCAAGGCAUCGGAUAAUGAAGCUCCAGACAACGCCGACGUAUCGAUUUCCAUCGGAAUAUACACCGAGCCGCCCAACGGCAGCCCCGACGAUUCCGAAGAGUAUGCAACGGAAGGCGAUGAAGACGACGACGAUGAGGAUGGAGAUGACGACGACGACAUUGAUUUACCAGAAAUUGAACCAGUCUACGGCGACGAAGCCGCCGAGCUGAACAGCGUCGUGAUCUCUCGCAUUCACGACACCCUCGGUGACGACGGCAGGUUCGAGGCCUUCAAAGACCAAGCGAUGAUGUUUGGCACGGGAAAACAAUCCGCCGACGCGUUCUAUGCCUACCUCGAGACAGAAAUGACGGACGCGAUGAUCGCGGAGUUCAUCCUGGACUUUGCACGGUUGCUGGCAAACAUGGACCAACGGACAAUGCUGCUCACGGCGCACUACCGCGCAAAUCGACGGAAGGCCAAGGUCCGUGCCGCUGCAAAACCUUCCGAAACUACGUCGUUGCCACUUUGUCGAACGUUGUCGGUCGAGAGCUCAGACUGCGGAGUCGUCAACGACGACUCGUAUCCGUCCGAGCUCUUCCUGGACACAGUGAAUCACUUGAUGUUUGUGAUUCAUGGCAUUGGGCGGCACGGCGACUUCAAGGAAGGCGAGUACGUGGAAGGAACGGCGGCGGCCGGAUCGAAUCGCGCCUUUCGAGACAUGUUUCGCACCAUGCAAGACACGCACUUCAAGGAAAUACCUGUCGCGCUCGAGAUUCAAUCGAUCGAGUGGCACGAAGAGCUGCAUGAACCCACGGGCGUUGACGCCGUGUUUGACAUCAUUUGCCCAGAAGGGUCGCAAGGACUUCGCCAAUUCAACAAGGACACGUUCAUGGAUAUCCUUUACUACCUGUCGCCUGGGUACGGGCAAAUCGUGGUCAACUCCGUCACGGACCAGCUCAACACAAAGUACAAAGUGUUUAUGGACGAGCACCCGGGCUGGAACGGCCAGAUCUCGAUCUUUGCUCACUCGCUGGGGACUGUGAUCACGUACGAUAUUCUAACGCAUGCGGCCGGCAGCGUUGCAAAGAACGGGGUCAAGUUUUCCGGGCUGGAUUUUUCGAUUGAAAACUUUUUUGCCGCCGGAUCGCCGGUCCCGGUCAUGAUUCUGUCGCGCGGCGGCCUCGACCUGAAAGACGGAAAGUUCACCCCCGGCAUCACCAUGCCCCGCUGCAACCACUACUACAACAUCUUUCACCCCAUCGACCCCAUUGCGUACCGCGUCGAGCCGUUGAUUCACCCGGACAUGCACGACAAGCCGCCCGUGCCCCUCAUCCAAGCGCAACACUGCAAGAACAUGCCGUUUGCCAAAAUGCAAGAAAUGUGGGAACGUAUCACAGCCCCAGCACCAGGCUUCACUUGUCCGCGCAUCGAUUAUGUCAUGCGGCGUCGCAGUCGAGAGGGCGUGAUUGAGCUCGCGUACGCUGCUGCGUCGCAUUCGGCCUGCUGGGACUCGGACGACGUGGUCAUGUUUACCCUCAUGCAAAUCUGUCGACCGGUUGUGGACAAGCUCCGGCGCUACAUGAGUGCCCAACGCCCAUUGCCCGCGCUGUGUCCAAAAGGGCUGGUCCCCAUCACCCCCCACUCGAAAGUUCGCAUUGCGACGACCGUUCUCGCACGUGAUCGAGCAACGGGAGCAUGGCAGACCCGGACGGCGGUCUUGGACCAUAAGCGGAUCUACUUGGCCGCGAAUGCAGACGACAUCGGGUGCCGCAAAAAGUGGUCGAUUCCGUUGACGUCCAAGUUGGUCGUUCAGCUGGGCGACGAUGCAUUUACGCUCAAAGUGUCCCCCGACGAAUCGAGAGCCACCACGCCUGCAACUGGAGGAAGCGGACGGAAUCUCCGCUUCUCGCCGGCGCCGCAGACGCCAUCCGCGUCAUCUUGUACACAAAUCCUUCGCGCGUCCACGACCGACUUGCGCGAUGAAUGGCUGGCAGCGAUCACAGAAGCCAUUCAGAACCUCUCACACCACAUCACUCUCCCUCCUUCCAUGUCGAUCUGCACCGUCGGGCUCGACUUGCCAUCCGGGUCAUGCGUCGACUACUUUGGCGCGAUCAAGACGAGCCUCCUCCAAUUCAAGACUGUCAAAGCCAAGAGCUGGUACGAGAGCCAGGGGUGGAAUACGCGGUGGUUUGUCUUGACUAGCACGUCGCUCGAUUGUUACGAAACGUGCCCAAACCUGGUCGGGCUCGUGCAGUUUCCCGUGCAUCGAACGACCGUGCUGGCAUAUCCGACGCGGUGCCUCGUUCGGAUCGUGUCCAAGAGCGGCACGGCGCUGGACUUGAAGGUCAAAGACUCGCGGACGUUUGACGUGUGGAAGCAGGGGCUGGAAACAAUCGACCGGUGCGACGUGCAGCUGCAGGACGACGUGGUCGAUCACAGCGCGUUGGGGGUGUCGCUCGAUUCGCAGCUUCCGUCCGUGCAUCGCUUGAGCGUCGACAAGUACUUUGUCCUGAACGACGACAAGGGCGCGUACGCUGCGUUUCAAAUCCGCAUCCACACGGAGGGGCACACGAUCCUGCGCCGGUACAGCGCGUUCCGGGAACUGAAUCGCCAACUGCGCCUGAUCUUUCCCCACGAACAAAUGCCACAACUGCCGUCGACUCGCCUGUGGGGCAAAUUCGACCCGACGUACCUCUCGGCCAAGUGCAGCCAUCUCAACACGUACCUGGGCAACAUUGAAACCAUGUGCAACAACAACCAUGCGGCGAAACUCAUCCUCAGCCAGUUCUUGGACGUCGACAAAGCAUCUCCUAGCUACGGCGAUGAAUGAGCAAGAUAUACGACUCGAACCCAUCACGAUAACACAACGCACUGCCACACAUCGAGUUGACGUCGGCUGUGGGGUGCAGGGCAUAAAAGCGGUGAGGGUUGCCCGUUCGGUGGUGGGACCGCGCACGGCAUUCGGGAGCAUCUCGUGGCUCGAUACAACAACUACAGGGGUGCGUGCGCCCAGACCAGCCAUGCCCAAUUAGCCACCGCAAGGACGAAAACGCAGUGCGAUGUAGAAUGGUCCAAAGCUUACACGUGAUAAACGCAAUGCCCGAUCCAGCGGCG